AUGAAGCUGCUUAUUGUAUUUGCUUUGACUCUGGCCUACGUCUCGCUGGUUUCAACGGCAUCUGUUCUUCAGGACCAAGCCGAGAAUGUUGGCAUUAUCAACGGACAUGACGCUUCGCCUGGUCAGUUCCCCUAUCAAGUUCAACUGAUUAACCACUUAGGAUACAUGUGUGGGGGCUCGUUGAUUGGUCACGAAUGGGUGCUGACUUCCGCCUUCUGUGCAAAGCUUGCCGAUAAUGUUACUGUUCACUUGGGCAGCGUUCGGCGAUCCGCGCCCCUAGUAACCCGCUUUGCGUCUGAGAAAGAUAUAAUCAGCCAUCCAGGUUUUAAUUCUAAUUUCAUGUACAACGACAUCGCACUUGUCCGUAUUCCAUAUGUUAAAUACAGCAAAAACCUUCAACCCGUUAAGCUACCAAAGAUCCAACCACUCUAUCACAACUAUGCUGGUUCUGAGGCUACCAUUACAGGGUGGGGAGCUACCACGAAUACUUCCACCACUGCAUCCGAGAUACUUCAGUACGCUAAAGUAAAGGUCAUAAAGAACGUAGAGUGCAAGGCUAAAGCUCACAUCAUUGACUUUAAUCAAAUCUGCGCUUCGAGCGCCUCUGGUGCAUCGCCGUGGGGCGGUGACAUUGGUGGCCCAUUGGUGGAGCUGCCAGGCUUGAGUCAGAUUGGUAUUACGUCCUUUGUAAUAAACAUGGAAGAUAAUAUUGGUGGCUUCACCCGAGUAACUAGUUACCUCGGCUGGAUCAAGUUUCAUACCGGUCUUCCUUUGUAA